GCGUGUUUCAUUUCAGGUAUCUCCUAUGUUCAGACAGAGGCACUGUGUGGGCUGAGUGAUCACGCAGCCUUAUUUUCCACUGACCAGCCAGAGGCUCUGACCAGCCUCCGCUUCACGGGGCAGCACCAAGCCUGCCCUGAAGUUCGUGAUUGGGUGAAGGAGGUUUUGGGAGGAGGAUUGGGGUUAACCCGGGGUGCCGCGCACGGCUGCGUGAUUCCCCGUGGCCAUCUUCCCCGAGGGGCCCCGGUGUGCCUUCAGCGAGUGGCAUUGCGGCAGCGCGGCCGCCUUCCUGCUCUGCUCAGGGAAAUCAGACCGAUGCUGGGGAGGCGAUGACAAGAGCCGGGGAGCGCUGGGACUGGGGGUUCUGCUCUGCAGAGACGUCUAAAACUCUCACACAGCUCUUCUCCUGCUCUUCUCCCCCUCCCCUGUGUGUUUCAGGACAUGGAGGGGUGAAUCAGCUGGGGGGUGUUUUUGUGAAUGGCCGCCCCCUCCCAGAUGUCGUUCGCCAAAGGAUCGUGGAGCUCGCCCACCAAGGGGUCCGACCGUGUGACAUCUCCCGGCAGCUCCGCGUCAGCCAUGGCUGUGUCAGCAAAAUACUUGGCAGGUAUUAUGAAACCGGGAGUAUUAAGCCUGGAGUGAUUGGAGGAUCAAAACCAAAGGUCGCCACACCCAAAGUUGUCGAAAAAAUUGCAGAGUACAAACGCCAAAAUCCCACCAUGUUUGCCUGGGAGAUCAGGGACAGGCUCCUUGCUGAGCGAGUGUGUGACAAUGACACCGUGCCUAGUGUCAGUUCCAUUAACAGGAUCAUACGGACGAAGGUGCAGCAGCCACCCAAUCAGCAGGUACCAGCCUCCAGUCACAGCAUAGCCUCCACGGGAUCUGUCACCCAGGUGUCCUCUGUCACCACUGACUCUGCUGGCUCAUCCUACUCCAUCAGUGGGAUCCUGGGAAUCGCCUCCCCCAGCACCGAGAACAACAAGCGCAAGCGGGACGAAGGUAUUCAGGAAUCUCCAGUGCCAAAUGGCCAUUCUCUCCCAAGCAGAGAUUUUCUUCGGAAACAGAUGCGAGGAGACCUUUUCACCCAGCAGCAGCUGGAAGUGUUGGAUCGUGUCUUCGAGAGGCAACAUUAUUCCGACAUUUUCACAACAACUGAGCCCAUCAAGCCAGAGCAGGCAACUGAAUACUCAACCAUGGCCUCACUAGCUAGUGGAUUGGAUGACAUGAAGGCAAAUAUAACCAGCCCUACUUCUGCAGAUUUGGGAGCGAGUGUUCCUGGGCCUCAGUCCUAUCCUAUAGUUACAGGUCGUGAGCUGGCAAGCACAACCCUCCCAGGAUACCCUCCUCAUGUCCCUCCUGCUGGACAGGGCAGCUACUCCACUCCACCGCUGACAGGAAUGGUGCCUGGGAGUGAGUUUUCUGGGACCCCGUACAGCCACCCGCAGUAUUCAACAUACAACGACUCCUGGAGGUUUCCCAACCCUGGACUCCUGGGCUCCCCCUACUACUACAGCACUGCGGCCCGUGGGGCAGCCCCACCAGCCACUGCCACCACUUAUGACCGCCACUGAUGCCGGAGCCCCGGCACUGGCGCUGACGGCACCGCCUGGGACAACCGCGGCCAGUCACCCUGCUACAACCAUGCCAGCUGCACCACAAGGGAAGGAGAAAGUACCUACUAGGAACAUUAUCAUUGAAAUUUUACUCUUUAAACUUGGUGAACUCAUUGUUGUAUUCUUAAAUCUGGUUGAGUCUUGAAUCAAACAGAGAAAUGGGAGGAAGGGGUUCUCCUGAAGCUCUGCGUGCUCAAAAGUGCACAGUAGCUUCAUGUUCUUUGCAGCCGACUGGCUACUGCUUUAAUCGCCUGUGGGUGCCAUGGCUGUAUCUGGGGAUAAGGAAGAGGUGUGAGCAGCUCCCCUUGGGGCAGCUUCCUCUUGCUGCACACUGAAACACGCUAUGAGACUCAAGGCAAUUUUCUUCUCUCUUUUUUUUUUUUUUUUUCU